GGAAAGCUGAUCUAUUCGCUUACUUUUAUUUUGUCGGCACAGAAAGGAACGCCUUCUCUGACGGUGUCACACUUGACGCUCCUUCCGUUCUUCAGCUGCUGGCUGUGAGAUCGGGUUUGUGUGUCUGUGGGUUUGGACCUGUGCCGACUCACCGCUGUGAGAACUGUUCUGGUACCAGUGGUACCGGUCCGAGUGAAUCAGCUCCCAGUCCUGUUCCAAGGAGGUCCACACACAGUCCAGCUGGGAGUGGUUCCAGUGCCCAGCGAGUACCAGUGCCAGGGUGGUACAGGUCACAGAUGAGUGCUCAACACCGCCGAAUCCGGCUGAAGCCAUGGUUGCUGGCGCAGGUGAACAGUGGACGGUACCCCGGCCUGCAGUGGAUCAGUCCAGACCACCGGCUUUUUCAGAUCCCUUGGAGAAAUGCCACACGGAACACAGUAACUCUCAAGGAAGAGAACACAAUCUUCAAGGCAUGGGCUCUGGAAACGGGAAAAUAUCAGGAAGGUGUGGAUGAACCCGACCCGGCCAAGUGGAAGGCCAACCUGCGCUGUGCUCUGAACAAGAGUCGCGAGUUCAGCCUGAAGUAUGACGGCACUAAGGAGAUGCCGGUCCACCCGUACAAGAUCUACGAGGUGUGCGAGCAGCCCGGGAGCUCAGAUGCUGUGGAUGAAGACGAGGAUGAGAUGCCCAAUCUCAUGGACCUCAGCAUCAACCCAAGGAUCAGUGACACUCCCUCCUUCACCUUUCCUCCACACAUGGACCCCAACCAGUUCAAUUUAUCAGCCAGUGGCACAUUUGGACCUGCACACAUCGUCCCUCUGCAUGCUGACCCCAACAGAGGUCUCCGCAUGACCUCUGACCUCUCCCUGAUCCCUGAUCAUCCUCAGCAGGACUUCCAGACCCAAGGACAGAUGGAUGAGGAAAGCUUUCUUCAUCCUGGAGGAUUCUGCACCAGAAUGACUUCCCUCCCAGACCCGCCCUCUGUACACAACACCACUGCCUCUGAAUCCCCCAAAACCAUCUCCAUGGACAGGGGCCCCAUGCCAGGGGUACAGGCCCAGGGUGGAGCACAGGACCAGCCAUGUAAGGACGACCUACUCAGCAGCAUCCCGUUGACAGAUCUGGACCUGAAGUUUCUGUACCGUGGCCGGACGGUGGAUUCUCUGACUGUCAGUAACCCUCAGGGCUGCCGGCUGUAUUAUGGACACCUGGAGCCCACACCUGAGCAGGUGGACCUGUUUGGUCCCAUCACUCUUCAGCAGGUUCUCUUUCCAGGAACCACAGACAUACAGAACCAGAAGCAGCGGGUCUAUACAGAGGCCCUGCUUGAUGUCAUGGACCGUGGUCUUAUCCUGGAAAUCUGGGAGCAGGACAUCUAUGCCAUACGCCUGUGCCAGUGCAAGGUGUUUUGGUCUGGACCGGGCGUACCAGAACAGAUGCUUCCCAACCCCAUGGAGCGGGAGAAGAAGAUCAAAGUGUUCAGCCUCAAUGACUUCCUGCAAGGUCUGAUUUUGUUCCAGAAGGGUGAGGCUGUGAAUCCGCCUCCCUUUGAGAUCUACUUCUGCUUUGGGGAGGACUGGCCUGACAAGAAACCCAAAGAGAAGAAACUGAUCAUGGUCCAGGUGGUUCCAGUGGUGGCUCGGAUCCUGACGGAGAUGUUUUCCGGUGAACUCAGCUGGUCCAACGAUAGUAUUCGGCUUCAGAUCUCCAACCCGGAUGUGAAGGACCAGACGGUGGAGCAGUUCAAGGAGCUCCAAAGACUGCUGCAGAGCCACCACAUCCAGGGGCCCUGGGGCCCUCACGUGGCCUGAUGGUUCCACUGCCCAUAAGGAUUUUGGGAGGUCCAAAAAGCUGUGUUUGACACUGAGCACAGAACAUAAAGUCCUGAUUUCCACAUUAGAGGGUUUUUUUUGGUAGUUGUUGGUGGGGCUAUUCCACAGAGUGCCGUUCUUUCCCGUUUCAUUCCAAAGAGCACAUCAGGGCAUAUUUUGAAGCAUCCUUGUAACUUCUUGAUCCAUCUUUGUCUUUGUGUUAAACAGACUUGGUAGUUACAGUAGUUACACAGUAGUUACGGCGAUCAUUGGCACCAUGUUUGAAAUCAGGAUUGAGUGAUUGAACCGUUCAAAACUUUUAUCUCAGUUCUCCAAAUCGUUGAUAGUUUGUGGUAACUUCCUGGUGUUCAUUGUCUUAACAGCUUCAGUCGUGUUUAAACUGAAACUUUAAACAGGGUAUUUGUAGUGACUACAGCUUCAAACUUGUUUGAUUGCGCAGCAUCAGGGUAAAAAUGUAAAGGCGAAGAAGCUGUGUUUGUUGUGGUUCUAGCCCUUAGGUGUUGAGUGGUCUGCACGUUAUAAACCAGCUUUUAGGAGGUACGAUGGCUUAAGUCCUUUCAUCCCAUUUUUGCACAUUUUUUAGAUUGGGGGCGAUCGGAGUGGAACAGCGUCCUGUGGAAUCGCUGUCAGAGAAAACAUUUCAGUGGUUGUGAAGGGGUAAAGAUCUGACUGCAUCUUCUUUUUCUUUGUAAAUGUGGACUUUUGAUGAAUGAAUUCAAAAAUGUAAAAUGUGUUGUGGUUUCUCUUCACUUUCACAAGUGCUUCCUUCAACUCCUUUUUGUGGCCCAAGGAGAUUUGUAAAUACAAAUAGGAAUUGAACCACCAACUUUGCACUGAACUGGUUGUUCCAUCUGUGCCACAUUCAUAUUGUUUGUCGGUGCUUCAGUCCAAAUGGUUCAAACUUGAAAGCUUAAAGUAAAACAGUGAUUCCAUUCAUUCACUUUAUAUACCAGCUUAAUCCAUUUAAGGGUCACCGGGGGGUGGAACCUAUCCCAGCACUCACAGGGUGUGAGGCGGGUUCACCCUGGACAAGACGCCAGUCUUUGGUAUGGACAGAAAAAGACAAAAUCACUCUCAUUCACAAGUCCAGAUUUUGACGAUGAGUUGUAGUUGAAGAAAGGGACCUCAAUCCUUCUGUAAAGACCUCAUGUGGGAGGUCUUCUCUGGGUGCCUUUAAGGGCAGCAACAGUUUCUUAAGGUUCGACUGGAUUUUUCAAUGACAUCUUUCAUUCAUUCAUUUUCUAUACCUGCUUACUCCAAUCCAGAGUCAUAGGCAGUGGCGGCUAGCCCAUAGGGGGCGCCGCCCUCCCAGAUGUGGAGGGGAAAAAUAAUAAAAUAGAUAUUUAAAAAAAAAAGUAUUAUCACUGCCAGUUUCACUUAAUAGUACGUGCCGACAUGUAAUCUGAAUGAUUAAAACAUUUCCACCAGCUGA